AGCCUUACAAAUAUGCUCAAAGUAUGAAACAGCCAACGAUGGGUCAACAAUCCACUGGACCCGUUUUCCAGCGUUCGCCUGAUCUCGCUAGUGGGGCACACGGCACAAUGCCUGCUCCACUUCAGGUCGCCAUCGCAGCUGGUGCACCGGGGGUCUCUCAAUCUCAGAAUUGUGCCCAACCAGUCGCAAAUUCUUUACGAAUGGAGCCCUCUAAUAUGCUUCAUUCUUCUGUGCCCCAUCAGCAGAUCUCCAAUGCGACACACUCUUUACUCAUUUCCGGCCUUGUCGGUCAGCAUGGCAUCAAACAUCAUCAUCAUGGUAUCGCAUCUUCCGCGCUCGCAGACUCUGCUAUUUUAGGUGCCAAUAUGCACGCAAUCAAUUCCUACAACAUGAAACAAAUAUCCCCUUUAAACGGCUUGAAUAACGCCCGCGUCAUGACCAACCAUCUGUCGGGCACGCAGACCCCUUUGGUGUCACAAAAUUGCGCUCAGGGUUUGCCGGUGGUUCAGCAUCCUUCGGUAUCUCAUCCUCCUCAGCUCUAUUCCGCGCCCAACAUCCAACAGCCGACACCCCCUCCAACACAUUUACCGCCUCCUGUAAUGGAAUUUUUGCCUCCUAUGUAUUCCACUGAUCCGAACGCGCAGGUUCAGUUUAAUCAGACGUCCAGUGCUAUGUUCGGUCAAUACGCGCCCUACCUUCAUGGAACAUAUGAAAAUCCAAGUGUACCUCUUGACGCUCGAGUGAGGCACAACACAUGGAGUGGCCUCGAGUCAGGCGUCCCGAUUGGAACAUUGGAUCACCAAGACAAGGGUCAAGCUGCCGGACACCCUGCUAGUGGUUUAAAUCGUGUCAUUCCGCAACGCGGUUAUGCGCUUGACGCGUUUGCAUCCAACUUUUCCUCCUGCUCAGUGUACACCUCUAAUCCAGUCACGCCUGUUUUCAGCUCAGGUAUACACCGAUCCAACAUCAUGGAGCCUCCCGUUCCGUCAGGACUCGACAAUGGCAACUCACAGUCGCAGCGGGAGGUAAACUCUCUCAGUUGUGGUAGUCCCCACUUUUCCAAAACCAACAAACACCAUUUGCGUGGAAACGGUAGGUCACAAUGGAACACUGGUGUUGUUCGUCAGCCUAUACCAUGGAACUCUCAGCCAUCUGUGGAAAAUCCCCCGGGCACUGUUAGGAUACUUAACGCUGGUUCUGUAACCGAUACUAACCUUUCUUCCACCGUGCCUGCCCAGCGUCGUCCAACCCAACAUGAUCAGUCAAAUCGAGGUGGUUCUCGCAAGGGUCGCGACAUCUACUCGUAUAGUGGCGCGGAGCAGCAACACGCUGUGGACUCUCGUCAGGCAUUUGAAUGUGGUAUGGUUAGAGCCAAAUACCCCCAAACAUCUGCAAAUCAAAAUAUCAGAUCCUGUAGUUACCCUAAUUACCCUUACUCGUUUCACGCCCGUCCGCCUCUUGCAGAGACAAACGGAGCUCGGACUCAAAGUCGCGUGCCUGUCUGCAGCACGACGAACUUUCAUAAUACUUUCGAUCCUCGUUGGAACCUACAGUCCGGCUCACCACUCGACACUAGCUCCUUUAGAACUAUAAACCACACUUUCUGGAGACACCAAGCAUUCCCUCUAACAGUUUCUCCACCAACUUUCGAGUCUGGUGAACCCCGACGUCCCCGCGGACUGCCUCAAUCCCCGCACUACAUCGAGUCACCUGGGGCCUACUACUUACCACGCUACGACAACGCAAUUUUCAGCAGUAUAUCAUCCAAAUCUAAUGGUCUUCGAUGCCUCCUUGAUGCCCUUCCAACGCGCAUUCUUAUCAGCACUGCAUUAGUUGGGGCUAUCAUUGGCAAAGGAGGUCGAACGAUCCGUUCCAUUACAUCAAAGACGGGCACCAAAAUUGACUUCAAAUCGGAGACAGUUGUGUUUUCCCAGUUCUCCCAUCCAGCUGGGCUACGACAACCACCGAAACCUCCACGUUUGGGCGACCAGUCGAUUGCUGAAUCGACUAAGAAGACCGACGGUGAUUCGUUGGCUCGUGCGACUCCGUCACCACCUCCCGCUACUGCAAAUGGCCUUCAGUUAGAUCAGAGCCAAGUCGUCUUCUUAUCAGGUCCUCGCGAACAGUGUUCAGCCGCGCUGGCUGAUAUGCUCGCCGUUUGUUUCCGCGAAUGCGAACACAAAGGCCUAGCUGAUCCCUGUCUUGGUUUGCUAAUCCAGCAACAACUCUAUACACGCUCUUUGAUUGGUCGAAAGUUUUUCAAUUCCGUCAAUGCAUGCACAGGUGCUCGCGUCGCGGUUACUGGCUCCCCUGUGAAAAUUCAUAUGAACAACGCUGAAUCCGAUUCUGCGCCCUCCACCUCCAAAAAGCAGCCCAAGGAAAUCAACUUAGAUCGCAUCCUGGUGAUUCGGGGCCAACUAUCAGCUAUCCUCGAUGCAGAGGCUUGCAUAAGUGAGCAAGUGAGGCUGCACACAGCGAAAUUAUUGGUACCGCCUACUAUAUGGCCUCUGUUUCCGCACUUACCUCUGAAUGCGCUCAUCCCUUCGUCUCUACGCUCAAAAAGCUCCU